AAAACAUUCUUUAAAUAAAAUUAUGAUGAAAACCUCAGUCACAAUUACUUUCCUUCCCAAUAAUAUUCCUAAACCUCCCUCAGCCCUGCCAAUCAGAUCGCAAAACCGAAGACCAAGACCCUUCAAAAUUUCAAAAUCCCUAAAUCCCCCGUCUUAAAUCGCCGCAUUUUCAAAUUUGGUCGCUCUAAUUAUUGGAGGAGGAAAAGUACAGUUAAAUUAAUUGCCGGAAAUUUAGCCUCACGCCGAGAAAUGAGCUGUUGCAAGUUUGAAAUCUUCGAUUCAUUUCCGGCGUAGCAGAGCGUAUUUUGUUUCUGGGUUUUUUCUUUUUGCUGGAUGGCUAAGCGCGUGCACGAAGUAUGGAAGGGCAACAAUAUAUUUCUUUUUGGUGGGAGGUUGAUUUUUGGCCCUGAUGCAAAGUCACUAUUGGUCACACUAUUGUUGAUCAUUGCGCCAGUCGUUAUCUUUUGUGUUUUUGUCGCAAGGCAUCUUCGUCAUGAGUUUUCGUCCUACAAUGCUGGAUAUGCAAUCCUCAUAGUCGCAAUUGUCUUCACUAUUCACGUUUUAGUACUUCUGCUUCUGACUUCAAGCCGAGACCCAGGAAUUGUACCAAGAAACUCACAUCCUCCAGAAGAAGAAUUCCGUUAUGACACAUCAGCAACAAUCGAUAUCGGUGGGCGACAGACACCGAGCCUCCAAUUCCCCCGAACAAAAGAAAUAAUGGUCAACGGAGUCCCUGUGAGAGUCAAAUAUUGUGACACUUGCAUGCUAUACCGUCCCCCGCGUUGUUCACACUGUUCCAUUUGCAACAACUGUGUCGAGCGUUUUGACCAUCACUGCCCUUGGGUAGGCCAGUGCAUUGGCUUGAGAAACUACCGUUUUUUCUUCUGCUUUGUAUCCUCGGCAACACUUCUUUGUGUGUACGUGUUUGCAAUAUCUGCAUUCUACAUAAAGGUGUUGAUGGAUGAUCAUCAAGGCACUGUGUGGAAGGCCAUGAAAGAGUCCCCUGCUUCUGUAGUUCUCAUGGUCUAUUGUUUCAUAUCCUUGUGGUUCGUUGGUGGGCUUACGGGAUUUCACCUCUAUCUGAUAAGCUCAAAUCAGACGACGUACGAAAAUUUCCGUUAUCGAUCAGACAACAGGGUCAACGUUUACAAUAGUGGCUGUCUUAACAACUUCCUAGAAGUAUUUUGCACCAAGAUCAAGCCCUCAAGGAAUGAUUUCCGGGCUUUUGUGCAGGAUGAGCCCCAGAGGGCGCCACCUGUACACUCCACACGGGAAUCCGAACCAGAGGACAAUAACUCGGGGGAUGAUCGGCGAAUAAAGGUUGAAGAUGAUUUAGAUAUCGGUGGCGAUCUUUUGAAAAUCUCACAACGCCAUAAUAUAGAGGAUAUUGAGGCGGAUAUCCGGAGUAGGGGCAGCGACGUGCCACGUCAUCAUAAUCUGUCCGAGGUUGAUUCUGCCCUGGGUUCGGACAGGCGUCAGUCGAGCUGGGAGAUAGCGAACGAGAGAAAUUAUGCCACUUCAAAAGAAAUCUAACAAAGAGAAAAAGUAAGUGCGGGUUUUGAAUGAUGUGCUUUAUCAAUGGAGGUACAGUGUGGUGUUCUUCUGUUAGGGUUUGGGUUAAAAUUUGUGUCACCAUUCUCUCGUGCUCGUUCUUGGAUCAAUGUAGCCAGUCUCUCCUUUUUUUUUUUUUUAAUUAUUAUUU